AAAGAAAACAAGUUUUUAAUACAGUAACCCACAUUUACAAGAUGUAGGCAACCAGCAGGAAACGUGGGCAAUUAAUGCUUUGGAAGCUUCUUUGAGGACAAGGAUGAUGCAGAAAUGGACCUUCCUGGUUCAGGAGAUAGUCAGUGAUCCAGCUGAUGUUGUCAAGCCUAAAGAAGAACCUAGUGACUUCUCGUUAGAUGAAGUGAGAAUGAGCCUUUCAUUGCCCUUGCUUGGGGAUUAUAAUAUUUUCCCAUCAAGCCUCUUUUAGCAAUCCAAAAGGUUCAAGAUGGCUGACACAAAAGAACUCAUAAACCAGGCAUAUCAGAUUGAAAAACUCCUUGGUGAAAGUGAAUAUCAAGAUAUCAAGCAUGUUCUGGAUUGCUUAGAAGACAUUAUUGUGACUUUGGAGCAGCUUCAGGAAACAAACAUUAUAAAAGCCCUGUACAGGGUCCUUAGAACCUGCCCCGAGGCUUCUGUGAAAAACAAAGCCAAGUGUUUACUGACAAAAUGGAAAAGACUGUAUAAAAACCAUUGUCACCAGCCCACUGGACAACAGGAAGGAAGUGCUGGCAAUAGGAAAGGAGGCUUUCAAGAUCUGGAUAAAACUACAGAGGUUCGGUCAACCCAGCAUCAUUUGGAUCAAAACGAGACACAAGCCUUCAGUGAUUAUGAAAUGCAAAAUAUUAAUAACCUUGAAGAAAACUGUAAAAGUAGUGAAUUUUGUAUGAUUUCAGAAGAAAAGCUUAAACACGAUACAAGUGAAAUAUGUGCAGAAGCUGUCUGUAAAUUAUCAAAUAAAGAUAUUAAAACAGAUAAUCUUUCUGUUGCACCAACUCCAAAUCAGCAGAGUGCAGUAGACACCUCUAGUGACACUGUAGUUGCUAAGCCUAGUCUUGGAAACCCUCAGGCUAACAUUAUAUCUGUCAGAUCCAAAUGUACCAAAUUACUCUCACAAGCUCUUAUUUCAGAAGAGACUACAGAACUGGAGGCUCAAAAAUGUAAUGAAGUGGCCUUGAAUAUUGAAGAAAACAUUUUUGUCCUCCAUGGCAAAAAUGUCAAGAAGUAUAAGGCUAGCAUAAGAAGCAAGAUUUCUAACAUGAGGAACCCCAAAACUUCUCACUUGCGUCAAAGCUUGCUGUGUGGGCAGUUGAGCCCCAAGACAUUUGCUGAGAUGUCCGCAAUGGAAAUGGCAAGCAAUGAGCUGAAGCAUCUCAGAGCAGUGUACACAGAGUCUGCCAUUAAUGAACACCAGCUCCCUCAGGGGGUGGAAGGGACGAAGACAAAGAAAAUAAAGUGCAGGCGCUGUGAGAAAUUUGACUGCACAGUGACAGUCAUUGCCAGAGGAACACUCUUCCUUCCAGGCUGGGUAAGGAAUGGAAACCCAGAUGAAGAGAUGAUGACAUUUGUCACUUGCAAUGGAUGUGGGGAGAAAUGGUACAACAGUAGAUGGGUUUGUUUCUAAUCAUUGACGAAACUUUAAAAAAGAGUGAUAAAGUGGUAGUGCUGGGACGAACACAGGAUUUUCUUGUUCGGAUAUUCACUCAUAAUUUAUAUAUUCAUUCAGAUAUUCAUUUGUUUUCAAAAUAAAAGACAUAUUGCUCAGAACACAG